GCUCUUUGUUCCUCUGUACUCUUUCCCACACUUUCAAGGCCUUCCCAGGCCAUAGUCAAGCCCCCAGACACAGCGGAAGGGCAGAUCUAUCUCGGGGAGGUCAUCUCCCGGGAUCUCUCUUCUCACCUCACCGCGGGGUGUUCGUUGAUGACCGACAGCUUCUGGUGGACACCGUCUGACCCUUCGCCCGUCUGACCCUUCGCCGUCCCCAUCAUCAAUCAAGAUGCGUGUGUGCCUUGCCUCCCUCGUGGCCGCUUGCCUUCAUGCGAGCACGUGCCAGGCGGCCCAGAUAGAGAUCCAUGAGCCCGACGAGCUCAAGGCGGCCUACCAGAGCACCAAGGGCGUCAUCGAGGGAGCCACGGCCGUGUUUGGGACGCCGGUAAGACAGACAGACAGACAGACAGACAGACAGAGAGGGGGGACAGAAGGCUGUGAGUGCAUGCCCCCCACGACUCACUCAUGUGUCCGGUGCGUGUGUCUUUUCGUGCAGUUUGAGGGUCAGGUGACGGUGGGCCGUGUCGUGUUCGCCGAGUCCAAGCUCAAUCAGCAGUAUUGCGACGCGGACGACUACGACCUCCCACCGGUGCCCCAGUGCAACUGGACGACCAACUACACCUCUCACAUUGUCCUCGUCACCCGCGGCCACUGCGCAGACGCACUCAAGGUCCGCAUCGCCCAGGACGCCAAGCGCGCCUUCGCUGUCAUAGUGGUGGACAGCGAUCCCGGGGCGACUGAGGACGGUCUCAGACACGCCAUGCUGACGGACGGUGAGAUGAAUGACCACAGACAGAGGCAGAUGCCCGCCUGCACAGCACAGAGGGUUUCAUGUGCGCAAGGUAAGUCCUUCUGUGUGUGUGCAGAUGGGUCUGGCGCGCACGUGAGGAUUCCUUCUGUGCUAGUGACCCACUCGGCGGGUCAGCGCAUCCUGGGUGCCCUCCGUCGCAAUCAGACCGUCUUCGUCAAGAUGGCUUGGGACGCCCCUGUGGUGAGUGAGUGAAUGAUGCGAUGCGAUGCGGGCAGCCCAGCCGGCUCAUAUCGCAUGGACGUUGUGCCCUUGGGUGCGGUGCAGGUUGACAGCGUCUGCAUGGACAUGUGGAUAACGCCUUCAAUACCCAAGAGCCUGCACUUUGUCAGUGAGUUCUCACGCUACGCGCAGGCCCUCAAACACCGGGUGAGCCAAGGUGGCAAGCCACACACACGAGCCAGAACAGGACAGCACUCCCGAGCGAGGCGCACACGGACCUGUGUGUGUGUGUGUGUGUGUGUGUGACAUGUCAGCUUGACUUUGAGCCGAGGUAUUGGAUCUUUUCUUUCGCCAAGGGCUCGCCUGACAUGUGCCUUGACGAUGAGGGCACGUACUGUGCGCUGACGCCUCGGCACGCCCCGUCCAUCACUGGCAGAGACGUUGUCCAUGAGUCGCUCCGGUGGGCCGAACAACGUUGACCUCCUGAAACCGGUGCAUUUGUCAACUGUCGCUCGUCGCCCGCCCGUUCGUUGGUGCCUUCAGGCAACUGUGUCUGUGGGACGUGACGAAAACCCGUCUGGCAAAUGGGGACAGCGCCUACUCGGAGGUGUGGUGGAAGUACGCCCAGGACCAGCCGCGCAGGUACCACACGGAAGGCAGGCAGGAAGACGCAUGCCAGCCCAGCCAACCCCUCUGUUGCAUCCAUCUGCAACCAUCAGGUGCAAGCCACGUGGCGAUUUCAACGCAGAUCCAUCCACAACGUUCGGGCAAGAGUGCUCCUACCGAUUGAUGGCAUCUGUGGGUGCACCUGUGGGCGACGUGCGGCAGUGCGUCGAGAGAGACGCCGCCGACCUGCUCGAGAAGCAGCGCACGUCCCUCGCCUGGUUCCCUAUGGCCAUUCGGAUCAGCGAGAUGCGCUACUUCGGCCCCUUGGACACCGAGCAGAUCACACGCGUUAUCUGCGCACAUUUUCAGGACCCAAAGCCACAGGUCAGUGAGCGAGUCGAUGGAUGGAUGGAUGGAUGGCAGCAAAGAGCGAAGGGCAUGGAUGUGUGUGUGCCAUGUGUGUAGGAGUGUAAUAUGGCAUUGAGGCUGAAGGUCUUGCCUCUGGGAAAGGCGUCCUCGGGUGAGGUUUUCUGGCUGGCGCUGGUGGCGUCCUCUGCGACACUUAUACUCGUAGGGCUUGCUGUCAUUACCUGGUAAGCGCACACACUCAUCUGCGGCCAACGGACAUAGACGUGCGUGUGGUGUGUUUUGUUCAGGUCGUGGGUGCGUGACAUGCGCACCAAGCCACGGCUGCCGAGGACGGUUCAGCGCAGUGGCCGUGUGGUGGUGAGUGCUCUGGCUGCCGACGCCUCACACAGGCUGGUCCAUCCACAGCUGCAACACGGGCAGCUCUAUGUGUGAUGGAUACGCCGGGUGGAUGGAUGGAUGAGGGGAUGUAACCGGGUGUGGGCUAAUUCAUACGCUGUGUACGUAGCUAGCUUAAGCUUACGUGUACCGUACCCCUAUCUAUAUGUGUACGUGUGUGCCUUUCUUCCUUCCCUUACUUAUACGUCUUACACGUCACUCACGUCACUUAAGUGCCUUUAUGCGUCUGUCUCCCUCCUGCAAUAUAUGUCAUGUCUAUGUCUGUCUACGUGAAUGUCUGUUACGUAAUGUUAUGUUACGUGUGUAUGCGGCUUUAAGUGGCGUUUUUUCCGUACUCCAUACUACAGUAAGUAAAGUACUUUAGUGCGCGUGCCGUCCUUUGGUAAGGAUCAACGCACACAUUAACUAACUGACUGGCUGACUGUGCGUACGUCUGUCUGUGUGUGUUGGUGCUGUAUUGGUGAGGCAGGGACUGAGGGGGCGAGUGAGUGUGUCGGUUUUGGGUGUUUUUGCGAUGGAUGCAAACAACCGACCAACGAACGAACGAACGAACGAACGAACACGUGUGUGAGUGAGUGAGCCAGGGCGUCAAGAUCUAUUGGUCGGCCAUGGCUCGUCGUGCAGAUGGAUGUGGUGCGAGGCUUUGUGAAACGGAUGGAGGGAUGGCUGCAUACAUGGCUGGCUCCAGAAUGGAUGAUAGUCUGUAUGUAGAAUGUGUGUGUCUGUGUGUGUGUGUGUGUGAGAGAGAGAGAGAGAGAGUGAAAGAGAGAGAGAGAGCUUUGUGUGAGGGAUGCGGGUAUGGCGUGAGCCAGCCAGUCGACUGCAUUGGUCAAUGAGUGAGUCCUCAACCUUGCUGCUGCCUGCCUUACUGCCUGCCUGCCGUGCGUGUGUGUGUGUGUGUGUGUAUGGCUGAUGGCAUGUCUGUGUGAACACACUGAGAGAUACACUCAGUGACCCACGUGAGGGGAGGGGAGUUUUGUAAAGCGACGGAAUCUGCCAACCCAAUGUGGUUUUUGUCAGCGGAGGGACGCGUGUACGCAGACACGACGGUGUCUGAAUAACGUCCGUCGCUCCGUUGAGAAGACGUACCUACCUGCCGUAGAACCCUGCUAACUCCCCCCCCUCCCCUCCCCUCCC